AUGGAUGGAAGGCAUGAAAUGUCGGAGGAGGAGUACAAGAGACUAAGGAAGUCACAGCCAAAAAAGAAGAAGGUUCCCAGAGAGGACUUUGGAGACCCGUCGGAAAUAGGAGGAUUUAAAGGACCCUGGAGUCGGUUUGUGGGGAUCUGCGAAGACACAAAGACCCCAAGAGACGUCAAGGAAGAAUACUCGUUGAAGAAAAUAGUCAACAAGCAUUGUCUAACUGCAGGAAAGGAAAGAUCGAGGAGCAGCUACUUUUUGUCCAUGAAAGAUCCAAGCCUGGGAAGAGUACCAUCAAAGAAGUUUCUUGUUCCAAAGAGCAACGUCAUGCUAUUCCACGACCACAAGGACAUGGUUUCCUCUGCAAUCCUCUUCCGAAAACAUAAGUUGUUUCUAUCCUCUGGCUUUGAUGGAAAGGCAUAUUUGUACAAUCUGAAGGACAGGGAGCUUGUGACCACAUACAUGGGACACAGCAAGGGGGUAUCUUCGGCAAUAGUAUCUGAGUGUGAGAGUAAAUUCUCAACAGUAUCCUUCGAUGGGUUCUUGAAAGGUUGGGAUGUGGAGACGGGAAGAUGCAACACAAAAGUAGACUUGGACUGCCCACUCACCUGCCAAACAUCAGAGGCAUUAGAUAAAGCCAUCUUUGUGGGAGGAAUAGAUGGAAGAGUCAGAACAGUAGAUAUGAGGAGCCGAGCUGUUUUAGAUGCAAUGAUAGAAGAGAGGAUCUCGGAAAAAGAUGCUUUCAAAACAUUCUCCAUACGGGAUAUCCUUACAAUCAAUGACUCCUCCCUAGUGUUUACAAGGAGAGAGGGCUCUCUGCAUUACCUAGACCUCCGAAAUAAUCAAAUAGUCAAGUCUCUUCGAAACUCUUACUCCUUCGUUGGAUUCAGCCAUGGGAAAAAUGCCAUUAUGGCCACAGGCCAAGAUGAGAUUGUGCUUUUGGAUGCUCAUACUCUGGAGAAAAAGGAAGAAGAGAUUAAGGCUCCCGAAUGUUCUACUCCUGCAAAGGCCUCGGAAGACGGAGGUAUUCUGUGUUAUGGAAGCAGCAAGGGCCUUGUCAGCUUCUUCACUUCAAAGUCUACUGCUUCUUUUGGAUCCGCCGGUGAGAUGAUAACUGCAGUUGACUGGAUAGACGGUAGCUCUUCAAGCUUCAUAUCGGGAGACAUACUAGGGAACGUGAAGAUAUGGGAGUGA